GGUCCGGAGCGGAGUCGGGGGCGUCAGAGCCUUGUGGUCACUCUUCUUGUCUCGAUGCUUUCCGGAGCUGAACCGAGGGUCGUGAGGGAGCCGGGAGCGGAGAAGCUGCUUCCCGCGCGUGCGCCGCAGCUGUCCAGCCCGCCAUACGGCCUCUCGUUCCCCAGUCUCUUCGGUGCGUCGGCGGCGGGCCGGGGGGGCCACAGGCGGCCUUCGAGGCCACGUGCAAGGUGGUGGCCCCUCAGGCGGCGCCCUGGGCUUCUGCGUACUUGAGGGCUCGGGACCCUGAGGCCCAGGGCCAGGAGGGCGCCAGGGGGGCUGAUCCUUUCCGCGCCUCCACAGCGGAAGGUGCGAAUGGCGGUGGCCAUGUCGAUCAACCUGGCCCCGGGCCUGAUGGCCUUUGAGGACGUGGCUGUGUACUUCUCCAGGGAGGAGUGGGGGCUCCUGGAUGCAACCCAGAGGGCCUUGUACCGCCAGGUGAUGCUGGAGAACUUCGCACUAGUGGCUUCCCUGGGACUUGCUACCUCCAGACCUCAUGUGGUUGUUCAGCUCCAGCAUGGUGAGGAGCCAUGGGUUCUUGGCGGGAGGGAUAUGGACCCAGCCAGAAACUCCCCAAGAAGGCCAAUCCCUGGGUCACGGCUUAUGGUAAAGGACCGAAGUGUUUCUGGAGAAGCAGCACCGUCAAGGACCUUCCCCAGGGGUCUCCCUCGGCCUUUUUCUCCUCAGAUCAUCCCUGCUGCUAGUGCCAGUGAACGUGGAAAAAUCCUGCAGAGUUCGCAGGUCACCUCCCCAUCUUGGCAGAGAAAGUCCAUGGGAGUGUCAGUUAUCUACUGGGAAAAGCUCCUGCUAGGCCCUGACAACAGUGACACCAACAUCAGCCUGCGGCUGACUUCCCCUCUGAGGGCUCCUGAAGGGGGCCCACCACAGGGAAAGGUCCUCACAGAUUGCUCUGUGUCAGCCAGACUGCCCAGUGUGUUGGAACAACAGAAGCCCCGUGUGCGGGAGUCCGCUGGGAGAACCUUCCCAAGAAUCCCAAACUUGGAGGUCAGUCACACUGAUGGGGAACCGGGAAUAGGUGCAGCCACAACUUGGCAUGAGCCUCGGAGACUCUCCACUGGGCAGGAGCCGGCAACCUGGGACAAUCUAGGUGAGGUCUUUCAGGCUGGCACUGGCCUCCUUUCAGGGGAGAAGACCUUUGAGUGCAGGGCAUGCAGUAAGGUGUUUGUGAAGAGCUCCGACCUGCUCAAGCACCUGCGCACACACACAGGGGAGCGGCCCUAUGAGUGUGCACAGUGCGGUAAGGCCUUCAGCCAGACUUCACACCUGACACAGCACCAGCGCAUCCACAGUGGCGAGACACCAUAUACGUGUUCGGCCUGUGGCAAGACCUUCCGCCACAGCUCAUCACUAGUGAGGCACCAGCGCAUCCACACGGCUGAAAAGGCCUUCCACUGCAGUGAGUGCGGCAAGGCCUUCAGCCACGGCUCCAACCUCAGCCAGCACCGCAAGAUCCAUGCAGGCGGGCGGCCAUAUGCCUGUGGUCAGUGUGGCCGCCGUUUCUGUCGAAACUCGCACCUGAUUCAGCAUGAGCGCACACACACAGGCGAGAAGCCCUAUGCUUGCGCGCUCUGUGGUGCAGCUUUCAGCCAGGGCUCCUCACUCUUCAAGCACCAGCGUGUGCACACAGGUGAGAAGCCCUUUGCAUGCAAGCAGUGCGGCCGGGCUUUCAGCCACAGCUCCAACCUCACCCAGCACCAGCUGCUGCACACCGGUGAACGGCCCUUCCGCUGUGGGGACUGUGGCAAGGCCUUUGCCAAGGGUGCUGUGCUGCUCAGCCACCGGCGUAUCCACACAGGCGAGAAGCCGUUCGUGUGUGGGCAGUGUGGCCGGGCCUUCCGGGAGCGUCCAGCCCUCUUUCAUCAUCAGAGAAUACACACUGGUGAGAAGGCCAUGCGGCGGCCCCAGGUCCGCCCUCAGGUCAGGGACAGUAUUCAAGGGAAGGAAGCUGGGGCCAGUUCUGCCUCAGAAGUUGGGAUUGCAGUCCCAAACCCAUGUGAGAACUGAGUUCAUCUCUUGUGACUCAUUUCCACGGCUAAGUCUCCCAUGUUUUCUGAGCACCACACUAGGAGAAGUGCACUGUGCUUCUGCUCAUGGCAACAAACAAAAUCUGCCAUUGUAUUCAUAACUUCUCUAUCCCCACGAGGAUACUGUGCAGGAACGUGAGAGGGAUGGACUUGGCUAUAGGCACUUUGAAAGACUGAGACUUGGCAGUCCACUAUUGAAGGUGGCAACACAAUGCCGCAUCCUGCUUGUCAUGACUGGAGGCUGAGGUGAGGAGGAUGGAGAUGACCCAGGUCUACACAAUCUGGCUGCUGUGCUGACACCUCAGUUUCUUUAAGGCUUCCUGGGAACCAGACUCAUGGACGAGAAGUGGUAGGGAACAUGUACUUGGUGCUUGGGAGAGUAACCGUGCUCUAAACCUAAGCUUCCUUUCUUGAGGCAAGGAUGAAAAAGAUAUAAGCCUACAGAGGGGGUAUUUACAGACAUUGUGAUAUGCAGGAUCUUCAUAAGCGCCAGUAGGUGCCGAUUGUAAGGCCCUGUCUGAGCGCCAUCAAAUUCCUGACACCCCUGGGAAGUACUGCUAUGGUUGGCAUUCCCACUUCUCAAAUGAGGAAAAAGGCACACAGAGGGAUACAGCUGACCCAGACCCACACCCCCCCCAACCCCAACAUCUGGAUUGUCAGCAUUCAGCCCUCACAUGCUAGUCUGCUAGCUGGGCUGUGAGAACUGGGUAGGGCUUUCCCUGGUUCCUGAACUUGGCAGACCCACCAGAGGUAGAAUUGGAGUGUAGGAGUGACAGAUCAAGUGUGAAGACUUCUCCAAGGCUCAGUGUUGAAUGUAUCUUGUUUCCAAAGUCUUGUGUUUUCCAGACAAACAGUGACUGUAAUGAUUGUUCCAUAUGACAAGUUGGGGCCGUUUCUGCAUGAUUUGGUGACUCUUACAUUCACCUGUGCUCAUCCCUCAGUGGUGACGAGUGUUAGCCUACCUCAUGAAACUGAGGCCACCUGUGGUGCCAUCCCAGGAGCCCAGACCCUGCCCUGUCCCACUCCAGUCACUCCAGCAGUGGGAACACCACUCCUAAGGAAGUUAAAGCUUGGGAUGAUUGUACAUUGUAAAUGUUUGCAUAGCACUGGAACUCGUUCCCUCAACCUCUAGUCCCAGCUCCAGAAGACUAUUUCAGAGGGUUUAAAGGAGUCUAUAGAAGCUCUGAUAAAAAUUUCCUUUUGAAAACA